CCACCCCCCCAUGGACAUGCUGGACCCGGGUCUGGAUCCCGCUGCCUCGGCCACCGCUGCUGCCGCCGCCAGUCACGACAAGGGACCCGAGGCAGAGGAGGGUGUUGAACUGCAGGAAGGCGGGGACGGGCCUGGGGCGGAGGAGCAGACGGCGGUGGCCAUUGCCAGCGUCCAGCAGGCGGCGUUCGGCGACCACAACAUCCAGUACCAGUUCCGCACAGAGAAUAAUGGAGGACAGGUGACGUACCGCGUAGUCCAGGUGACUGAUGGUCAGCUGGACGGCCAGGGCGACACAGCAGGCGCCGUCAGCGUCGUGUCUGCGGCUGCCUUCACAGGGGGGCAGCAGGCUGUGACCCAGGUGGGUGUGGAUGGGGCCACCCAGCGCCCCGGCCCCGCUGCUGCCUCUGUGCCCUCAGGUCCCGCAGCGCCCUUCCCACUGGCUGUUAUCCAAAAUCCCUUCAGCAAUGGCGGCAGCCCGGCUGCUGAGGCUGUCAGUGGGGAGGCCCGGUUUGCCUAUUUCCCAGCGUCCAGUGUGGGAGAUACCACGGCUGUGUCCGUACAGACCACAGACCAGAGCUUGCAGGCUGGAGGCCAGUUCUAUGUCAUGAUGACGCCCCAGGACGUGCUUCAGACAGGAACGCAGAGGACAAUUGCACCUCGGACACACCCCUACUCCCCGAAAAUUGACGGAACGAGAACACCACGGGAUGAGAGAAGGAGAGCUCAGCAUAAUGAAGUGGAGCGGAGGCGGAGGGACAAGAUCAACAACUGGAUCGUCCAGCUUUCAAAAAUCAUUCCAGAUUGUAAUGCAGAUAAUAGCAAGACGGGAGCGAGUAAAGGAGGGAUCCUGUCGAAGGCCUGCGACUACAUCCGGGAGCUGCGCCAGACCAACCAGCGCAUGCAGGAGACCUUCAAGGAGGCCGAGCGGCUGCAGAUGGACAAUGAGCUCCUGCGGCAACAGAUCGAGGAGCUGAAGAACGAGAACGCCGUGCUCCGUGCCCAGCUGCAGCAGCACAACCUGGAGAUGGUGGGCGAGAGCGCCCGGCAGUGACACCACCUACCGUGCGGCGGGGGCCGCCUCCGGGCCCCCACCGUCCCCUUCCUCAGCCCUUAGCACAGAGAGGGACAGACGCCCCUCCCCCAGCUGCGUUUUUUAUAGUAGAUUUUUAACAAAAAAAAUGGGGAGAAAUAAUGCAUUUCUGUGGAUAAGCGCCCACCGCCCUCCUCAAUUUGGAAACCACAUCCCCUCCCCCGUUUGUCCAUCUCCCUUCUCCCGGCCCCCACUCAACCCAGCACUUCUAGUGGUCUCACCUGGAGGCCAGAGGGAGGAGGACAGAGCCCCUGCCACACCCCGCUGCCUCCUCGGACUCUCGAGGUACUGAGACCAGGGUGCUUAUGGGGAGGAGGGGGUCUUGCGGGGGGCCUGGACCCAAGCAGGGAGGCCACGUCCCACCCCACCUCUUGUUUCUGGAACCCUGCUCCCCUCUGGGUGUGUGAGUGUGUUCUAAUUUUCUUUAUGGAAAAAAUGGACAAAAAAAAUAGAGAGAGAGAGGUAUUUAACUGCAAUAAACUGGCCCCAUGUGGCCCCGCCUUGUC